AUGGUCACAGAUGCUUGGCUCAUAGCGAAGAGGUAUUUGAGAUCUUAUUUCCUAAUUGAUGUUCUCGCAAUUCUUCCCCUCCCACAGGUAAUCUUGUUAUUAUACUUUCGUAGCAGAUGCAAAUCAAUUAUAAAAUUUCUCAAUGCUCUUGUCCCUCUCCAAUAUGUGCCAAGAGCUCUCCGAAUUUAUGGGUCAUGGAAGAAAGUAAACCGGACCAACAAGAAACUUACUCAAAAUGUACUGUUUAGAAGCGUAUUUAAUCUCAUUCUAUACAUCCUUGCCACUCAAGUUCUGGGUGCCAAUUGGUACCUUUUUGCCGUCGAUCAAGAGAUGACGUGCUGGCAGAUAGCCUGUGAAAAACAUACUGGAUGUAGCCAAAGUUCGUUCAGUUGUGAUAGCAGUUUGAGAAAUUACCCCUUUAUAAAUGAUUAUUGCCCAAUUCAUGAAACACAAAAUAUGAUCUCCUAUGAUUUCAGAAUAUUCCAUGAAGCCAUUCAGUUGGGUAUUUUGGCGUCCACAGAUAUUCCACGAAAGAUGGUGCAUUGUUUUUGGUGGGGCCUGCGAAAUUUGAGUUCUUUCGGUCAAAACCUUCAAACAAGUGCUCGAUCCUUGGAAACCUUAUUCGCAGUUUCGAUUUCCAUCUCUGGCUUGCUACUGUUUUUGUAUUUCAUUGGUAAUUUGCAGGUCCCAAUGCUUGAACAAAAUGAUACACUCUUGAACUUGAUCCUCAAGAGACUGAGGCCAGUGUACUAUACUUGGGAGGGCAGGUAUAUUUUCCGGGAGGGAGAACCAAUCGAUCGGAUGGUCUUCAUCACGUCUGGCAUCGUGUUGAAACUGAUGAGAAGGACCAUCAAUGGCACGGGAUCCGGAACCGUACUCGAGUGUAUUCACGAAUAUCAUGGUGAUUUGGAUGAAGUUAACGAAAUUCUAAAUUGGGGUAUAAAAAAACUCGAAGACUCCUCCCCACACGGCCUAUCCAACCUCACAAUCUCUAAAAUAACUCUAAAAACACAUACGGAAGUUGAUGGCUUUGAUCUAAUGGCCAAGGACCUGAGGGAAGUGCGCCGCAGAGCACAUCAAAGGCAGCAGGCUGUCCAAGGUGGUUCCACGAGUCUACUUUAUAAAGUGUUUUCUAGCGAUAUUGAAUGUUACGGGUGA